CGAAUCCCUUUCCACACCCUUUUAGAUUUGUCCAAUGAACACGGACGCAGUGUACUGGCAUAUUACGUGUUGAUGUAAGAGAGCUAGCCAAAAUACAGUCCAGACAUAGUAACACAAUUGUCGUAAAGCAGUAUAUUUGUAGAUGUAUUAUAUUGGGAAACGGUAGAGUUGUUAUUCGUCGCAGAGAAUACAUUGAACACAAUGGGCUUCUCUAGGAAUGUGUUACUUUGUCGGAGUUCAUACGAUUGAAAGAGGAAUGACAAUGACAGUUCCCCUGCCCGUGAGAGGAGGCUACACUGGAAUACAGCUGUUCUGGGACCCUGAACGACCACAGCCUGAGUGACAGAGCACUUGCAUUGUGGAGCUUUUGGGAAGAGAACUAGUAGCAGGCAGUACACUUGGGUAAAGAAACACUAAGGCAAGGUGGAGAUGUUUGCCAAAUUGAAAAAGAAGAUUGCGGAGGAGGCUGCCACAGCUCCCCGGACCGGAGUACGUAUGCCUCGCUCCUGCAGCAAAGAGUCCAUUACGUCAGUGGGGGCAGACUCCGGGGAUGAUUUUGCCUCUGAUGGCAGUAGCUCCAGGGACGACCUCUCUUCCCAGAUCCUCAGAAGGAAUGAUCAGAUUCGCAAGCUGGAGGCCAAACUAUCAGACUACGCUGAGCAGCUCCGACUUAUGCAGAAGACCAAGGACAAGCUUGAAAUUGCAUUAGAAAAACAUCAGGAUUCCUCCAUGAGGAAACUGCAGGACCAGAAUGAGACUCACCAGACCAAUAGAGCCAAAAUGGCCGAAGGCAUGGCUUUGGCCCUGGACAAGAAAGAUCAGGAGUGGAUGGAAAGGAUGUCUACGCUGGAGCAGGAGAAGGCAUCUCUGUCUGUGCGGCUAGAUGAGAUGAUGGAGCAGAGCCUUACUCUGUUCCAGAAGAGGGAUGACCUGGACGAGCUGGAUGGCUUCCAGCAGCAGGAGCUCGCCAAAGUCAAACACAUGUUACUGAGGAAGGAGGAGCAGCAGGGCCUGCGGGAGCGAGAGCUUCAGCAGAAGGAGACCGAGCUGCAGACAGCCAAGAAGGGUUUGGCCGAAGCGCAGGAGAAGCUGCAGGCUCUGGGAGAGGAGCAUCAGGAAAGUUGCAGGCUAAACACCGAGCUGGGGAUCGAAAGAAAGGACCUGCUGGAGGUCAAGGAGAAGGCAGAGAAGAAGAUCGCUGAGCUGGAGGGCAGAGGCCAGAACCUGCAGAAGGUCAUCCAACAGGUGUCUGAGGACUUCCAGAAGUCGCGGAGCGCUGAAGCAGCUGUAGAGAAGUCUCUCCAUACCUUACAAACUGAUUACAAUGCCCUGAAGCUGCAGCAACACAAGGCGGCAGUGACUGAUGAGGACAAGGAGCGUGUGCUGCUGGACCUGCAGGAGAAGGUCUCCUCUCUGGAGAGACGUCUGCAGGGCAACCUGAGUGAAGACGAGCUCCUCCAGGAGCUGCUCAAAGAGAAGUCCACUCUGGAGCAGACGCUGGAGAACACGAGAGUGGAGCUGCUGCAGGCACGCACCAACCACGCAGACACGGUUAGCUCACUGGAGACUCAGAUAUCCAGACUCAACCACAAUGUAACUGAACUACAGAACCUGCUACGGCACAAAGACGACUCUUCCAAGAACUACAGAGAGAGAACGGACGAACAGAUAGCAGGUCUGGAACAGCAGGUGCAGGAGAGCAACGAAAGGCUCAAGAACACUGAGCAGCAGAUCACUGACAAGCAAGCACGUCUGCACAAACUGCAGGCAGAGUGGAGUGUGGAGAGGGUCAGUCUGCAGCAGCAGGGCCAGGAGAGGACAGGCCGGCUGGAGGAGCAGCUCACUGCACUGCAGACAGAGAAAGACACAGAGCACACCUCUGCCCAAGCUAGGAUUCGUGAGUUGGAGGAGGCGAGAGGAUGUCUGCUGAGAGGGAGGGAUGAAGCUGACGUGGCUCUGAGGAGACGGGAAGAGGAGCUGGAGCAGGCUAGGUCAGAGCUGAGCAGCAGGCAGACGGUGAGUGUGGAGAUAGCCAUGGCUCUGGAGGACACCAGGAGGCAGAAGGAGGAGCUCCAACUACAGGUAGGACAGAUGACGGCGUCACAUCAAACAACAUCGCAGGAACUGGCCCACGUCACUGAGCAGCUGAAGCAGAGAGAGGAGGAACUCCAAACACUUCGCAAUGAGCUGCAGAGGGCCCAGCGCUCCCUGUCCCAGCUGCAGGAGGAGGGGGAGAGGCUGCAGGCAUGGACCCAGGAGAGGGAGGAGGAGAAGGACAGCCAGCUGGUCAGCCUGAGGCAGGAGCUCCUCACCCAGAACGAGCAUCUGGACUCCUGCCAGUCACGGGUGUCUGAGCUGGAGGUGGAGGUGGAGACCCUGACGUUGCAGCUGCAGACUCCAGAGGUGUGUGAACCGGACCAGAAUGGGACCGUGGACGACCUGGACCACAUGCAGGAGGCCAACAGAGACCUGGAGCAGCAGCUUAGUGACAAGAACAAGACCAUUAAGCAGCUGCAGCAGAGGCUAGCCGAGCUGAAGAGGACCUUGCAGAAGGAGCUGAAGCUGAAACCUGAAACUGAGUUGGAGGAGAAGGAAAGGGCCCAGGAAGGGAGAGGAGAGAGGCAGGAGAGGCUAGACAGAACCUUUACAGAGCCCGCUGCACCCCCAGCCCCUGGCCCAAACACCACUGUCACCAACACUUCUGACCUCAAUGACUCAAGAGAGAUCAACUUUGAGUACCUCAAACACGUGGUGCUAAAAUUUAUGUCAUCCAGAGAGGCUGAGGCCUAUCAGCUGAUCAGAGCGGUGUCUGUGUUGCUGAACUUCACUGGUGAGGAAGAGGACAUGUUAAAAGAGACACUGGAGUACAAGAUGUCCUGGUUUGGAUCCAAGCCUUCUCCAAAGGGUAUUGUUCGGCCGUCAGUUUCAGGGGCGCCUGCUCACUGGAGCUGAGGGGACAGAGAGCGGAAGAAUUGUGGAGAGGACAGAGACACACACAUUACUUUUAUCAUGUCCUUGCAUGAUGCCUCCCAUCACUGUGGUAACCAACUGAACAUUGUGAAGAGGACACUACAUAAGCUUUAAAACGGUUUCUGACGUGACAGAUUCCUAUGUAGCUCUUCAAUCUCUCCUUAGAAGGACAUUGUUCUUGCUCUUCAAGAGGACAGAGAACGGAUCCACAAUGACUUGGAAAGUCAGUCUUGUUAUAUGAUCUGUAAAGAUUUUUUUUAUUUUUAUGUUGGGGGUGAUUUUAUUUACAAGUAAAAUGGUUAAAGCAGACAUGGUAUUGAUGCAUUGAUAAAUGUUAACCUUAAAGGGAUACUUCAGGAUUUUGGCAUUUAUCUACUUCCCCAGAGUCAGAUGAACUCAUGGAUACCAUUUGUAUGUCUCUUCAUCCAGUGUGAAGGAAGUUAGCGGUACUGUAGUUUUGCGAGCCAAUGCUAACUACCGUUAGCACAAUGACUGGAAGUAUAUGGUAUUUACUAGCAGUUACCAUAAACUUCCAGUCAUUGCGCAAACGCUAGUUAGCAACUGUGCUAACGCUAAGUACUCCUUUAAGAGUAGCCCUUCUCCCUCUUGGAAUUAAGUUAAUAUGAGAUCUUUGAUGCACACAGUACAAGUAUGUCUUACGUAAUUGUCCAGGUGUUAAGAGUGGGAUGGGUCAGCACUACCAGACUGUCACAACUCUGUUUGACUGAGAAGAUUAUUUAUGUCUCUAAUUGUUCAAAUGUCUCUUUUGGGAGUACAUGAUAAUAAUAACCUUAAGAUUUAAUAACCGCCAAGAUUUCUGAAGGACCCUUCACAACAGUCUCAUUUGGUUCUUUCCUAUAACAAUAUUAAUUACAGGGGGGCAUGUAGAAAAGUAUCAUGUUAGAAUGAGAAGGUUUGAUGUGAGAGCCACACAUCAAUGGCAUUGAUAUCAAUGGAACAAAUGUUAUGUAAAGAGGAGUGAGUCUUAAUAUAAUGUUGAUUAAGUAAAUAAUUAUUGAACGAUAUCUAAAUAAGAAUUAUCGGAGGAUGUGCUCUACCUUUACCUGCCUUGUGUUUGUGUAAAUGACAUUCCAUAUGUCCUAUUUAUAUAUGAAAACUGUACAUAUUCAUUGAGAACUUUAUAAAUCACUGGACGUAAAUGAUUUUUGUUUGACCUCUUGCAGUAUUUUACACCAUGUGUCUGUCCAUGUUGCCAGUCUUGGCUUGACUCUCUGUCUCACUGUUCAUUGGCAUCCUGCAAGAAGUGACCCUGUUUAUGAGCUUACAAUGUGAGGGCAUUAAUGUUGUACUGGAGGAAAGACCAGUGAAUACAGUAUGCAUGCCUUAUACCAGAAUGUGAACCAGGUGCAAGGCAGGAAUACACCAGUCUGCACUCUUAAUUCUACUCCCAUAUCAUGCAGUGAGAAAUCUCCAUGUGUCUGGUGACGUUACAAUAUUGUAGCAUUUUUUUGUCACAUUCAUCAGGUUUGUAUAGUCAGUCAACCCUAGGGCUUUAAACUUUCUUAAAAUGGACAUGAUCUACAUUCAAUGAUAAAACACCACACUUCAUUAACAGUGACCUGUUAUUGAAUAGUACCAGAUAUCACACAAGUUGACAAUUCUGUAUGAACUCCAGUGAGGGCUUGAAAGCAAUCUGCCUGAAGUAGUUUCAUAGAACUACAAUAUCACAGCACAGGUGACUACGACUCCACUGAUCAAUGUACUGCAAGGUCAAUAUCAAAAACAUGAUGCUCUUUUGAACCUUCUGUUUGAUUCCGCUGUGUUCAACUCUGGUUUUUAACAAAAAAAUAAAAUAAAUCACUACACUUAA